UUAACAGCAUGGCUGCGGUGGUGUUGAAGCAUAGUUGGAGAGGACUUUUGCAGAAUUCGGGCAGUGGAGCUGUAACGACCAUUAGGUCGAAGGUUUUCGAUGGAGUUAGACAAAAAUCUACAGUACAGUACAUAUCCCGCCCAGAUCAACCAAAGCUUGCCUAUCGUAGAGUGAAGGGAAAGAGUCCUGGUGUUGUGUUCUUGCCUGGCUAUGGAUCUAACAUGAGUGGACAAAAAGCAGAGGCUAUGGAAGAGUUCUGCAGGUCACUAGGCCAUGCUUUCCUAAGGUUUGAUUACUCUGGCCAUGGAGCUUCUGAUGGUGUAUUUGCAGAAGGCACUAUUGGAACUUGGAAAAAAGAUGUCCUAUUUAUGUUAGAUGAACUUGCUGAAGGUCCCCAGAUUCUCGUUGGCUCCAGUAUGGGUGGCUGGCUGAUGCUCUUGGCUGCUAUGGCUCGCCCAGAGAAGACAAAAGCGUUGGUGGGCAUUUCCACGGCAGCAGAUUAUUUUGUUACAGCCUUUAAGGCACUUCAUAUAGAGGUGAGAAAAGAGUGUGAGGACAAGGGUGCAUGGACAAUCCCCACAAAGAGUAAUGAGGAAGGAAUGUACACUGUGAGUAUGGACUUCCUACGUGAGGCGGAGAACCACUGCAUCCUGCAGAGCCCCAUCCCUAUCACCUGCCCCGUGCGUCUCAUUCAUGGUCUGAAAGAUGAGGACGUGCCCUGGCACAUCUCUAUGCAAAUUGCUGAACGUGUUCUAAGCCCUGAUGUAGACAUCAUUCUGCGCCGCCAUGGCCAGCACCGCAUGGCUGAGAAAGAUGACAUCAAGCUUAUUGUCUACACCAUCGAUGACCUCAUAGACAAGCUUACCACCAUGGUGUGAGCCACAAUUUAUGAUGGGGUUACCAGACAACCUGCCUUAAGAUCCUCUCCUACUUCAUUUUGCCAAAAACACUUUUCCCAUUUUGUCUUUCAAGACAAUGUAGGAAAGAGUGAACUAUUGUAGGAAAAAAGGGAAUAACCCUAAAACCCUUAUUCCUUAUACCUUCUUUUAAAUAUCUUUAACAUGUUUACUCAAUGCAAUGCUGUGCCAUUCAACCCUUUUGAAAAGCUGCUGCUUGUCUAGCAGAAUGGUUACUGCCAGUUCUGGAAUCUGUAGGUCUCCUGUGCCUUUUUUACCUCAUGUCACACUGUUUGAUGGAAAUAAAGCCUUCGUAUAUCAAUACACAGUUUAUUAUAUGCAUAUCAGUAAAAAACAUUGUUCCUUAAGACCAAGAAUUAAUAGUUAGUGGUGUGUGAACUAUUUAGUUAGCCCACCUGAACAUCCAAACGAGCACUGUAUUGUGCACAUUAUAUCAAAGCUGACCUUUCAGCUCUGUCAGCCCCCUGCACUCCCUAUUUGUUUGAAGUAUUGAACCACUGCUCCAGGAAUUGCUUGGUUGUUGAUUAACACGUGCAAUUAAUGUUGGACUGUGUUCAAUGGGCCAGGGGCUUUUCAACCCUUCCACCCCAACCAAUGAGCUCCUAUUUAACAACCAGACUGACCUUUCUAUGUUAGCCAGUGCCCCUACCCUGAUAGCACAUGUACCUCACCAAGACAUCUUUAUAAUGUGUGUGUUUUCAGCUGGAAGCUGUAUUUUUUAGAGCGCUUGCUCAUUUGCAAUACCUCUAUAAGACGUUUCCUCUCAGAUUUCAAAUAGACAUUCAGCAGAUGUCUUUGAAAUAUUUUUGAUUUCGAAUGUAUGUAAUUCUGUUCUUUUUAAGAUGUUAUAUGAUGUUAAUUACAAUGCUUUCCAGAUGAAACACUCCGACAUCUCCAAAAUGUACGUGUACUCUCUGGGUACUUUGUCAGAAUGCUCUAAAUUAAAAUGGCACCAUGUUGCUUAUGCAUAAGCAUAUCAAAAUGAAACAUUGCCAAACAUAUGAAUGUCAAAGUGAUGUUUUGGUCUUUCACCAUUCAGCUGCCAUUUAUUCAACCAUUUAUAUUUGCUUAAGGGUUAAUUCACCCAAAAAAAAAAAAAUAUUCUGUCACCAUUUGAUCACCAUCAUCUUUUUCAAACCUAGAUGACUUUAUUAAUUGGAACACAAAAAGAGUUGAUAGGCAGAAUGGGACUGUCAACCCCAGUAACCAUUCACUUUUAUU